UGCUUCCGCCCGGGGAGGUCGUGGGCGGGCGGGCUCGGCGAGCGCCCGCGUUCCCCAGCAACGCGCCGCUACCGCGAUGGAGGCGCCGGAGAGCGCCCGGCCCCGGCCGGCCGGCGGCGACCCGAGCCCCGCGGAGCCCGCAUUCCCGGGCCGCGCCGCGCCGGCCCCGGCGGCGCCUUGGGAGCGCUUCUCGGCCUGGCUGGAGUGCGUGUGCGUGGUCACUUUCGACCUGGAGCUGGGCCAGGCUCUGGAGCUGGUGUACCCAAGUGACUUCCAGCUCACCGACAAGGAGGUAGGUCCUGGCUCUCAGGAGUGGGUGUACCCCAGCAGUGAGCUGACCCUCACUGGGUUCUGUGUGUUUCAGAAAAGCAGCAUCUGCUACCUGUCCUUUCCUGAUUCCCAUUCAGGCUGUCUCGGAGACACUCAGUUCAGUUUUCGCAUGCGUCAGUGUGGAGGGCAAAGGAGUCCCUGGCAUGCCGAUGACAGGCACUACAACAGCAGGGCCCCUGUGGCACUGCAGAGGGAGCCAGCACACUACCUUGGCUACGUGUACUUCAGGCAGGUGAAGGAUAGCUCUGUGAAGAGGGGCUACUUCCAGAAGUCUUUGGUGUUGGUGUCCCGUUUGCCUUUUGUCCGGCUGUUCCAUUCUCUGCUAAGCCUGAUUGCUCCAGAGUACUUUGAGAAGCUAGCACCCUGCCUGGAAGCAGUUUGUAAUGAAAUUGAUCAGUGGCCAGCCCCUGUUCCUGGGCAGACCUUGAAUCUACCUGUCAUGGGAGUUGUCAUCCAGGUGCGCAUCCCGUCCAAAGUGGACCGUCUAGAAUCCAGUCCUCCAAAGCAGUGUAACCAAGAGAACCUCCUGCCAGCCCCCAUGGUCCUUGCCAGUGUCCAUGAACUGGACCUGUUCAGGUGCUUCCGGCCUGUGCUAACCCAUGUGCAGAUGCUGUGGGAGCUCAUGCUUCUUGGGGAGCCCCUUGUAGUUCUGGCACCCUCACCUGACAUGUCUUCAGAGCUGGUGCUGGCCCUGACAAGCUGCUUGCAACCCCUCAAGUUCUGCUGCGACUUCCGCCCCUACUUCACCGUCCAUGACAGUGAAUUCAAGGAACUCACAACACGCACACAGGCCCCACCAAACGUGGUCCUGGGAGUCACAAACCCUUUCUUUAUCAAAACACUCCAGCACUGGCCCCAUAUCCUCAGAAUUGGGGAGCCCAAGAUGUCAGGGGACCUUCCUAAGCAGAUCAAGCUGAAAAAGCCCUCCAGACUCAAGACCCUGGACACCAAGCCAGGCCUUUACACCUCGUACAUGGCUCACCUCCACCGGGACAAGGCACUCCUCAAACGACUGCUCAAGGGGGUUCAUAAGAAACGACCUUGGGAUGCACAGAGUGCCCUGCUGAGGCAGCGCCUCCUAGAGCUCACUCAGAGCUUCAUCAUUCCCCUGGAGCACUACAUGACCAGCCUCAUGCCACUGCAGAAGAGCGUCACGCCCUGGAAGAGUCCCCCCCAGAUCCGCCCCUUCCGCCAGGAUGAAUUCCUGCGUAGCCUGGAGCAUGCUGGACCCCAGCUCACCUGCAUCCUCAAGGGCGACUGGCUAGGCCUCUACAGGCGGUUUUUUAAGUCACCACAUUUUGAUGGCUGGUACCGGCAACGGCACAAAGAGAUGGCUCAGAAGCUGGAAGCCCUGCAUCUGGAGGCAAUUUGUGAGGCGAACAUUGAGGCCUGGAUGAAGGACAAGUCAGAGGUGGAGGUAGUGGACUUGGUCUUGAAACUUCGGGAGAAGCUGGUGCGGGCAGAGUGCCACCAGCUCCCUGUGAAGGAGGCAACACUGCAGCGGGCACAGCUGUACAUCAAGACUGUCAUCUCCUCCCUGCCCAAGGACCUACAGACUGUUCUGUGCCCUCCCUAGGAUGUGAUCCCAAGGACAUGGGCUGGCCAGGCCUCCCUGUCCCCUGUGGGGUGGGCUUCUGCCAAGUGCAAGCUCCCAGCCUUGGUACCCUAACCGGGCUGUGGUCCCAUCCCAGCACCACCUUUGUCCCAGCAGUAAACAUGACAUUUGGAACCACAGCCUGUUCCCUGACUGUUGGGAGAUUCUGUACUGACAGAACUUGGCCCCUCUCGGGCCUUACCACUGCCAUAGCCUUGGGGGUAGAGGUGGGCUCUGAGCCUUCAGUGAUGCGGACACAUUCAACAUGCCCCUGCUGGCACCCAUCUGUCUCUAUACCAUGCCUUAUGUUUGAUAUGUCCUUUAGCCCAACAAGCUACGCAGCUUAGGACAGAGGAGGCAGCUUCCAGGGCUGGUCUUUCCCUCCCCCUCUCCCCCCUUCUCUACCCCCCCAGCACCCACCCCCACCCCAGCCUAGUCUAGGGACAGGAGAACAUUGCUCACAGCCACUUGGGAGGGCACAGGCUGCCUCAGUCCUCACUGCACUGGUUUGCUAGGGUAGGGGAACAGGGAGUGGUAUGGCGCUGGCACUCCUGCUGGGUGAGCAGGCUCAGCCUGUCUGGCAGUGGGGGAGGGGUUCCUCUGCAUGGUUCUGAUCCUUUCCUGGAACACUCCACUGGACACCAGAUGCAUACCUUCCAUUCAGGCUAAGAAGUAUAUACCACCCAUCUCUUUUUUCUUCAUCUAU